GACGUGCAUAGUUGACUGCUCCAUUUUAGCUAAUCUUAUAAUAAAGUGUUGUUUGAAAGAAUCUGCACUCUCUCUUAUAGAAUUUCUCUGACAAGCCGGCAACAUCGCGAGUGAGGAUAAACCCAGCCUGCCUCUCUCCUUCCACACCAAGUCCAAACCUACAGUCACUGGGUCCUGAUUGUGACAGAGGAGCCCAGUUUGCACUGCAGGAUCCAGAGAUGGCAUCAGUGAAGCUGGAAGACUGCAGUCAAACACUGGAGCUGAAUGUCAACAUUAAAGAUGAAGAAGAGGAGGAGAAGAUUGGAAAAUCUGUUUCUCAUGGUAACAUUGAGACAUUCCCUACAUCCAGAGAGCAACAGCAGGAAGAUCACAGACCUAAGAGGUCUCACCAAUGCCCACAUUGUAAGAAGAUUUUCCCAAUUCUUUCAAAGCUAAAAAUACACCUAAAAAUACACACAGGAGAGAAGUCGUACUCCUGCUCUGACUGUGGGUUGAGAUUCUCUCAACAGAGCAGCUUAAAAACACACCAACGUAUACACACAGGAGAGAAACCUUACUCCUGCUCAUACUGUGGGUGGAGAUUCUCUCAACGAAGCCACUUAAAAUCACACCAACGCAUACACACAGGAGAGAAACCUUACUCUUGCUCUGACUGUGGAAAAUGCUUCACAACAUCAUCUGACCUAACAGUUCACCAGAGAACACACACAGGAGAGAAGCCUUUUUCCUGCUCUGACUGUGGGGGGAGAUUCUCUCGACGGAGCAGUUUAAAAAUACACCAACAUAUACACACAGGAGAGAAGACUUACUUCUGCUCUGACUGUGGGAAAAGUUUCUCCCUACUGGAUACUUUAAAAGCACAUGAACUUGUACAUACAGGAGAAAAGCCUUUUUCCUGCUCUGACUGUGGGAAGAGUUUUUCUCAACGGAGCAACUUAAAAAUACACCAGCGUUUACAUACAGGUGAAAAGCCUUACUCCUGUUCGGACUGUGGAAAAUGUUUCACACAAUUUGAUACGUUAAAAUGUCACCAGCGUAUACAUACAGGAGAGAAGCCUUACUCCUGCUCUAAAUGUGGGAAGAGUUUCUCUCUACAGAGCAGCGUAAAAUCACACCAACAUAUACACACAGGAGACAAGCCUUACUCUUGCUCUGACUGUGGUAAAUACUUCCCAACAUCAUCUGCGCUAAAUGUUCAUCAGAGAACACACACCGGAGAGUGGCUUUCCUUCUGUUCUGACUGUGGAAAGAGUUUCUCUCAACACAGCAGCUUAAAGGAACACCAACGUUUACACACAGGAGAGAUGUGGUAAAUACUUCCCAACAUCAUCUGCGCUAAAUGUUCAUCAGAGAACACAC